AUGGGUUGUGGGAAAUCCAAACAUGAUGUGGCCUCAGGAAACGCUGUCCUCCAACGCAAGAAAUCCAGUGCCAAAUCCAAGGCAACCCACGAAAAUGGGACAGAAAGUAAAGACAAAAGCAACAACAAUGUUGACAAUGUAAGUUCUGGGGUGCAAGUGGAACGGAAGGAAAGUGAAAGUGUCAAAAAGUUUGGUGUUGAAGGUAAGGGUGAUGAAGUUAAUGAUGUCAAAGACGAAGCUGAGAAAACAAAUGUGCAAGAUGAAGUCAAUGAUAUCAAAGGUGAAGCUGAGAAAACAAAUGUGCAAAUGGAUGAAGUUAAUGAUGUAAAAGGAGAAGCUGGGAAAACAAAUGUGCAAGUUGAUGAAGUUAAUGAUGUCAAAGGUGAAGCUGAGAAAACAAAUGUUCAAGUAGAUGAAGUUAACGAUGUAAAAGAAGAAGCUGAGAAAACAAAUGUGCAAGUUGAUGAAGUUAAUAAUGUCCAAGGUGAAGCUGAUAAAACAAAUGUGCAAGAAGAGAAAGAAGCUGAUCAGGCUGAAGAGGGAAAGACACAGGAAACUGUUGCUGCUGAGGAACAGUCUGAGGAAUCUGUAGGAGGAAAAGAUGAUUCAUUGAAAGAGAAUGAUCAGAAAAUCAAUGAUGCUGAUACUCCUGUUGCUACAGAAGAGAAAAUACCAGCAGAAAAUGAAAAAGACGUCAGUGUGAAGGAAGAAGACAAAAAAGACACAAACGUUACAACCACUGAAUCUGAAGGCGAGGAGAAGGAUUUGAAAGCUGAGCAUAGUCACGGUGCAACCAACAACAAUGUCAUUGGCAUAUCUUUCAUCACUUGUGAAAUCAGAUAA